AGCUUAACUGGCCCACGUUAUAUAAGUCCGUACCCCCAAUUCCUUCCUAAAACCCUAACGCGCGCGCUCUCUAGCUACCUCUACCCCGCGAAGCUCGAGGAUUUUGCAUUCUCUCAUCCGUCGCGACCCUGACAUUGUUGAUCUGUUCUUCUUGCAGCGGUUCUAAUGGCGGCGAGCAAUGCUGGACCAUCGGCGUUGGAGAAAGAGCAGAUCUUUGGCAUGGCGGAGAAGGAGAUGGAGUAUAGGGUGGAAUUAUUUAACAAGCUCACAAGCACGUGCUUCAAUAAGUGUGUCGAAAAGAAGUAUAAAGAAUCCGAGCUAAACAUGGGAGAAAAUAGCUGCAUUGAUCGCUGUGUAUCAAAAUACUGGCAGAAUAUUUCUCGAGCCUCUCUCACUUGCACCAGAGUCCAGACUUCUAUAUCCCCUCGCUUAGGUAAACAAUCUAGUUGGUCAGUUGCUUGGUACUGGCCGGCCACCAAUGUAAAGUUUGUGAGCGGUUUCAGUCCCUCUCCAUGGAUUAGUACAUGCCGAUUGGGCCCUGUUGAGAGAGCUAGGGAGUCAUGGCCUCAUCCUUUUCAUGUUUCACCGAGUCUGGGUUAGUGGUUCUAGAUUUUUAAUCGACAACGCUUAUAUAAGGAGAGUUAUUGAUAUGGACAUAUCCCGGGAAAAUUCCUGAAUAAUUUCCUGGACAAUAUAUUGUGGGAAUUUAUAGUCAGUGUUUUAUCCAAAUUUUGAUGAAAUGGAAUCAGAUUGAUUUUAUUGAUUUAUGUAUUGA